UGAACAUUUUCUUCUGAGAUCAACACUGCUUAGUUUUCAAACUCAGCAGCAAAAAUAUUAAAAAAUAAUUUUCUGAUCCCUAAUUUCUUUCUUCUCUGCUAAAAAACCCUACAAACCUCAAUUUUAGAACCCUAGAUUCAUUCAUCCCCUUGUUUGUUUCUAAGAAAGGUGCAAUUUUUCUUGGGACCCAUUUUUUGAUUGAGUGUCGUAUAAUCGAAUUUCACUCGGGUUUUCCAAAAGCACACGUUUAAUUCGAUUUUGAUUUUGUUUCUUCUUCUACUCUGAUAUUACAUCUAUUUUUUCCUUUCGUUUCUAUUUCAAUACUCAUGCAUAGAAUUUUCAAUAUUGAUUUUCCUUAUUGAGUUGAAACUUAGUGUGGCAUUGCUAAAGUUCAAUUUUUGAUAAUAGUUGAAUUUGAUUAGUAUUUGCAAUUGUGAUUGUAAUUGUAAUUGUAAUUGUAAGGGUACCCUUUAAGUUUAGGGGCAAUUGGUGAAGUGGGUUUUGUGCUGGAAAAAGUUGAAAUGAUGAAAAUUUUGAUGAGAGGGUGUAAAGGGCAAUGAGAGGAAGUUAUGAUCGUGAGGUUUUAGUGAUAAAAUGAGUGGUGGGUCAUUGGGUAUUCGUUCGGGUAGUUAUGGAUCUUUGGAGAAACAAUUUCAGAAUGGAUUAUCACCUAUUCAAACAGGACGUAAACCUUCUAAGAUGCUUAAAGAGAAAGAAAGAUUGUUUCAUUGGAUCUGCAAAUUCGCUGGCCGUAAGAAGGUUGGAAUGUUGUUUCUUUGUGUUAUCUCUGCUGCGGUUUUCGUCUGGGUUUUGUACGUUGGAAAAGGUGAAGAUACACAGGCAGGGAACGGUGUGCAAAACAUUAAUGUGAAUGAGAGUAUAUCUAUAAGUGAUUCUCCUCCAUCUUUAAUCUCUGCGGCAAAGAUCGCGGGGUUUGCUACUAAUUUGGUACUACCCCUAUCUCCGACAAGUUAUUUUCUGGGUUAUACUCUUCCUCCAGGGCAUCCGUGUAAUAGUUUUACACUCCCUCCACCACCAGCAGAUAAAAAGCGUACUGGGCCACGGCCAUGUCCAGUAUGUUACCUUCCUGUGGAUGAAGCCAUUGGACUUAUGCCAAAGUUUCCCUCACCGUCUCCAGUGCUUACGAAUUUAACAUUUACCUAUGAGGAAAAUCUAAGCAGAGAUGGAGAAUUUGGCGGUUCGGAUUUUGGUGGAUAUCCCACUUUGAGGCAGAGAAAUGAUUCUUUUGAUAUACGGGAGUCAAUGAAUGUGCACUGUGGAUUUGUUAGAGGAACUAAACCUGGACGCAACACAGGAUUUGACAUGGAUGAAGACGAUCUACUUUAUAUGGAGCAAUGCCGUGGCAUAGUUGUUGCGUCAGCCGUAUUUGGAAAUUUUGAUGAGAUAAAUGAGCCAAAGAAUAUAAGCGAGUAUUCAAAGCAGACUGUAUGCUUCCUUAUGUUUGUAGAUGAAGUAACAGAAAAAUAUUUGAGGAGUUCUGGCAGGCUGGGAGCCAGCAAGAAGAUUGGUUUAUGGAGAAUUAUUGUCGCCCGUAAUCUUCCUUAUACAGAUGCCAGGCGUUCAGGGAAGAUUCCAAAGCUUCUAUUGCAUAGAAUAGCUCCAAAUGCACGCUACUCUAUAUGGCUUGAUGGAAAGCUUGAGCUUGUUGUUGAUCCAUAUCAGAUCCUUGAAAGGUUUCUGUGGAGGAACAAUGCAACUUUUGCGAUAUCCAAACAUUAUAGACGCUUUGAUGUAUUUGUUGAGGCUGAGGCAAAUAAAGCUGCAGCAAAAUAUGAUAACGCCUCUAUUGACUUCCAGAUUGAGUUUUACAAGAACGAAGGACUGACUCCGUACACGGAGGCCAAACUUCCUCUUAUAAGUGAUGUUCCUGAAGGAUGUGUAAUAAUACGCGAACAUGUUCCUAUUAGCAACCUCUUUACUUGUCUUUGGUUCAAUGAAGUUGACCGAUUUACUUCUAGGGACCAGAUUAGUUUCUCAACUGUCCGGGACAAAUUUUUGUCGAGAGUGGAUUUUCAUUUUCAUAUGUUCUUGGAUUGUGAAAGACGCAACUUCGUAGUUCAGAAAUACCAUAGGGAUGUAUUGGAGCGCCUAGCUGCACCGGUGAUUGUUGCUCACGUUCCGCCGCCACCACCUCCCUCGUCUCCUCCUCCUCCAUUGCCUAUACUUGAAACUACACAAGAAAAAAUUGCUAUUCCAAUAGCUAGGAAAGGUCCUGGAAGACGUGGAAGAGAUAGAAGAGCGGGUUCAAAACGCCACCGCAAAGUUGUGGCUGGAAAUAGAGACAUUGAAGCAAAUUAAAAAGUUUUGUUUUGGGUGAUUAUAUCAUAAUUUUUUUUGUUGUUUUUCUUUUGGCAUUCUUCUACCUUACGAGAAUCAUUCAUUACUGAGCUGGAGGGAAAAUGUGGAACUAGAAGAUAUAAAUGUUGUAUUGUUUCCACUUCCACACGGACACUCAUAUUCUUUUUACUUUGUGCAAUUGUCCAUCGUUGUUGAUUUUUUUUUGUUGUAUAUAUAAAGUAAAAUUUUCAAUAAUUAUCUUAAUUGUUGCUACUUG